AAAUUAGUCUACGUCUGAAUGCUUUGGAGCAUUAGAGCACAUUUGUUAAAAAUUCCUCAACUUUUAACUACAAAGUGUGUAAUUGACACAGUGAUUGCAUCAUUCACGAGAUCGAAGAUCAAAAAUGCCGGAAAAAGAUUUGGCUGAAUUAUCUAUAGGUGGUAUUUAUACAUCUGAAAAAAAUGGAUCUGAUGAUGUUGGAGAUGGUACUGAAGCUAAACCCUUCAAAACGAUUCUCCAAGCGAUGAGACAUGCUGGUAAAGAACCCUUUCCAACAAUUUAUCAAGACUCCAAAGACGAGAGCCAAAAGUAUGAGCCAGCUGCUAAAUCACAGUUGAAAAAAGUCCAGAAGAUUUGGGUUAGAGAGCAACAUAAAAAUGAAGAUAAGCAAAAAAAAUUGACAGAAGAUGAUGAGAAGCGUACGAAAAAUUUAGAUGAAGCUAAAUUAAUAAUAAUUGAAGAAGAUAAAUCAUUACCUGCAGCUAUUAGAAUUAAAAUAAAAGAUGCUGUUGAAUAUCGGGACAAACGAGUUGAACUUUUUGGUUGGGUUCAUCGCUUAAGACGUCAAGGUAAAUCCCUUAUGUUCAUUACUCUACGCGACGGUACUGGAUUUUUGCAGUGUGUACUUAACGAUAAAUUGUGUCAAGUUUACGACGCUUUGUUAUUAAACACCGAAGCUUCUGUUGAAUUGUUUGGUACUUUGAAAAAACUUCCUGAAGGCAAAACUGCACCUGGAGGACACGAAUUGUCUGUUGAUUACUGGAAGUUAAUUGGUAAUUCACCGCCCGGCGGUGCCGACUCUAUUCUUAAUGAAGAAGCUCAUCCUGAUGUUCAAUUAGACAACAGACAUAUUAUGAUUCGCGGUGAAAACACUUCACGGGUAUUAUUAAUGAGAUCGAUACUACUUCAAGCAUUCAGAGAACAUUAUUUAGAUCGUGGUUACGCUGAAGUAACACCACCUACUCUCGUCCAAACUCAAGUUGAAGGUGGAUCAACUUUGUUUAAGCUCAAUUACUUUGGAGAAGAAGCAUUUUUAACCCAGAGUUCUCAAUUGUAUUUGGAGACCUGUAUCCCAGCGAUGGGUGACUGUUACUGUAUUGCUCAGUCUUAUCGUGCUGAACAGUCACGAACACGUCGUCAUUUAGCUGAGUACAGUCACGUAGAAGCUGAAUGCCCAUUCAUAACAUUUGAUGAUUUAUUAAACCGCUUGGAAGAUUUAAUUUGUGAUGUAGUCGAACGUGUUUUGAAAUCACCAUAUGGUCAUAUUGUUCAUGAAUUGAAUCCUGAAUUUCAAGUCCCUAAGAGACCUUUCAAACGAAUGAAUUAUUCUGAAGCUAUUGAGUACCUACGAGAACACAAUAUUACCAAAGAAGAUGGCAGUUUCUAUGAAUUUGGAGAAGAUAUUCCAGAAAUGCCCGAAAGAAAAAUGACAGAUAAAAUAAAUGAACCAAUAAUGCUUUGUCGUUUCCCAGCAAACAUAAAAUCAUUUUAUAUGUCCAAGUGUUCGGAAGAUCAACGUUUAACAGAAUCUGUUGAUGUCUUACUGCCUAAUGUUGGUGAAAUUGUUGGAGGAUCAAUGCGUAUUUGGGAUUAUGAUGAGUUAUUGGAAGGAUACAAGAGAGAAGGAAUUGAUCCGGCUGCUUACUACUGGUACACUGACCAGAGAAAGUAUGGAACAUGUCCUCACGGUGGAUACGGACUUGGUCUCGAGAGAUUUUUAUGCUGGUUAUUGAACAGAUAUCACAUUCGUGAUACUUGUCUUUACCCGCGUUUCUUGGAACGUUGUAAACCAUAAGAGAUUUACAUCCCAUAUUUUUAUGGACAGCUAGAAGCUUUCGUUCCAUAAUAAAUUUUUUCAUACUUAAAUAAAUACAUUUCUUGUUCAUUAUUAUUAUUAUUAUUAUUAAUGUAAUAUUAACA